AUGCAAAUCUGGCAUAUGGAACCGUUUGCCUGCGGAGACCGCCGGCUACCGCACCACAUGUUCCCCCCGAAGAAGAUGACGCCCGACCAGUUGAUGGGCAGGACUGGAGUCCAGUGCUUCAAGGUGAAUGUCGAGGACACGAUGGCGAUGAAGAAGCGCCUGACGAUGGUCAAGUCUGAGCGCAACGUCAACUCCUCGGAUUUCCUCACGAUCAAGGAGGACAUCUCCGACUUCAAUGACAAGCUGGAGGAGUUCUACGAGCCGAUCGCCAAGUCCCACGACUCGGUGGUGUUGGUGAUGGACGGGUCGUGCUAUUAUGAUGUGGAGCCGGAGGAGGACGAGUGGAUCCGCGUGCAAUGCGAAAAGGGCGACCUGAUCGUGAUCCCGAAGGGUCUCAGCCACCGCUUCACCGUCACCCCUAAGAACUACGUCACCCUGCAACGCUUCUUCAACAAGAUGGCCGACGCGCAGGGC